AUGCUUCCCAGAGCAUUAUGCAUAUUGAUUGCAUCCAUAAUAUUUGGUGUCAUCAAUGCUGAUCUCCUGUCAGAUCCGAACUACAGGGUUUUCAGAGACAUCUCAUCUAUCAGACAAAGAGUCACUGCCCGGCCAGUGAAAAACGUAACAUCCACGGAACUUCCCACAUAUUACGAACAGAACUACAAAAUCUCUAAUCGUGUUAAGAGACAAGCAUGUGCAUCAAGUUGCACGCCGCUGGAAAAAGCAACAGUGCCGGAAUAUGAUGGUUUGAUCGCAACAGAAAAUUUCUAUAUAACCUAUAGUACUGACGGAUCUGGGUGCCCAAUUGCCGAUAUAACAUGCGUUGGAGGAGAUUUGGCUACAUUGGAUUACAAUGACGUCAGCGGAAACACCAUAACACUAGGAGAAGGAAUGGACGACUACAAUAUUCUCGAAGCACAACUGAAAUGUUUUGCAUUUGGAUGGGCUGCAACAAUAGCCGGAGAAGUUAUUGACGGAAAUAGUCUGAAUUGUAAUGUACUUCCACGGAAUCAACCAGUACCUCGACUGAAUCCACCAGUACUUCAACGGAAUCCACCAGCACUUCCACGGAAUCUACCAGCACUUCCACGGAAUCCACCAGUACCUCCACGGAAUCUACCAGUACUUCGACCGAGUCUACAAGUACCUCGACUGAAUCCACCAGUACUUCAACGGAAUUCACCAGCACUUCCACGGAAUCUACCAGCACUUCAACGGAAUCCACCAGUACCUCCACGGAAUCUACCAGUACAUCGACCGAGUCUACCAGCACUUCCACGGAAUCCACCAGUACCUCGACUGAAUCCACCAGUACUUCUACCGAGUCUACCAGCACUUCCACGGAAUCCACCAGUACAUCAACCGAGUCUACCAGUACAUCGACCGAGUCUACAAGUACCUCCACGGAAUCCACCAGUACCUCCACGGAAUCUACCAGUACUUCUACCGAGUCUACCAGUACAUCGACCGAGUCUACAAGUACCUCGACGGAAUCCACCAGUACCUCCACGGAAUCUACCAGCACUUCGACCGAGUCUACAAGUACCUCGACUGAAUCCACCAGUACUUCUACCGAGUCUACCAGCACUUUCACGCAAUCCACCAGUACCUCCACGGAAUCUACCAGUACUUCUACCGAGUCUACCAGUACCUCCACGGAAUCCACCAGUACCUCUACUGAAUCUACCAGUACAUCGACCGAGUCUACCAGUACAUCGACCGAGUCUACCAGCACUUCCACGGAAUCCACCAGUACUUCCACGGAAUCUACCAGUACUUCGACCGAGUCUACAAGUACAUCGACCGAGUCUACCAGCACUUCCACGGAAUCCACCAGCACUUCCACGGAAUCCACCAGUACUUCCACGGAAUCUACCAGUACUUCGACCGAGUCUACCAGUACAUCGACCGAGUCUACCAGCACUUCCACGGAAUCCACCAGCACUUCCACGGAAUCCACCAGUACUUCCACGGAAUCUACCAGUACUUCGACUGAAUCCACCAGUACUUCGACCGAGUCUACCAGCACUUCCACGGAAUCCACCAGUACUUCCACGGAAUCCACCAGUACCUCCACGGAAUCUACCAGUACUUCGACCGAGUCUACAAGUACCUCGACCGAGUCUACCAGCACUUCCACGGAAUCCACCAGUACUUCCACGGAAUCCACCAGUACCUCCACGGAAUCUACCAGUACUUCGACCGAGUCUACCAGCACUUCCACGGAAUCCACCAGUACCUCGACUGAAUCCACCAGUACUUCUACCGAGUCUACCAGCACUUCCACGGAAUCCACCAGUACUUCCACGGAAUCCACCAGUACCUCCACGGAAUCUACCAGUACUUCGACCGAGUCUACAAGUACCUCGACCGAGUCUACCAGCACUUCCACGGAAUCCACCAGUACUUCCACGGAAUCCACCAGUACCUCCACGGAAUCUACCAGUACUUCGACCGAGUCUACAAGUACCUCGACUGAAUCUACCAGUACUUCAACGGAAUCCACCAGUACCUCCACGGAAUCUACCAGUACAUCGACCGAGUCUACCAGCACUUCGACCGAGUCAACAAGUACCUCCACGGAAUCCACCAGUACCUCCACGGAAUCAACCAGUACUUCGACCGAGUCUACAAGUACCUCGACAGAAUCUACCAGUACAUCGACCGAGUCUACCAGCACUUCCACGGAAUCCACCAGUACUUCGACCGAGUCUACAAGUACCUCGACUGAAUCCACCAGUACUUCGACCGAGUCUACCAGCACUUCCACGGAAUCCACCAGUACUUCCACGGAGUCCACCAGUACCUCCACGGAAUCUACCAGUACUUCGACCGAGUCUACCAGCACUUCCACGGAAUCUACCAGUACCUCCACGGAAUCUACCAGUACUUCGACCGAGUCUACAAGUACCUCGACUGAAUCUACCAGUACAUCGACCGAGUCUACCAGCACUUCCACGGAAUCCACCAGUACUUCGACCGAGUCUACAAGUACCUCGACUGAAUCCACCAGUACUUCGACCGAGUCUACCAGCACUUCCACGGAGUCCACCAGUACCUCCACGGAAUCUACCAGUACUUCGACCGAGUCUACCAGCACUUCCACGGAAUCUACCAGUACCUCCACGGAAUCUACCAGUUCUUCCACGGAAUCCACCAGUACCUCCACGGAAUCUACCAGUACUUCGACCGAGUCUACAAGUACCUCGACUGAAUCUACCAGUACUUCAACGGAAUCCACCAGUACCUCCACGGAAUCUACCAGUACAUCGACCGAGUCUACCAGCACUUCGACCGAGUCAACAAGUACCUCGACUGAAUCCACCAGUACUUCGACCGAGUCUACCAGCACUUUCACGGAAUCCACCAGUACUUCCACGGAGUCCACCAGUACCUCCACGGAAUCUACCAGUACUUCGACCGAGUCUACCAGCACUUCCACGGAAUCUACCAGUACCUCCACGGAAUCUACCAGUACUUCGACCGAGUCUACAAGUACCUCGACUGAAUCCACCAGUACUUCUACCGAGUCUACCAGCACUUCCACGGAAUCCACCAGUACUUCCACGGAAUCCACCAGUACCUCCACGGAAUCUACCAGUACUUCGACCGAGUCUACCAGCACUUCCACGGAAUCUACCAGUACCUCCACGGAAUCUACCAGUACUUCGACUGAAUCCACCAGUACUUCUACCGAGUCUACCAGCACUUCCACGGAAUCUACCAGUACAUCAACCGAGUCUACAAGUACCUCGACUGAAUCCACCAGUACUUCUACCGAGUCUACCAGCACUUCCACGGAAUCCACCAGUACUUCCACGGAAUCUACCAGUACUUCGACCGAGUCUACCAGCACUUCCACGAAAUCUACCAGUACAUCAACCGAGUCUACAAGUACCUCGACUGAAUCCACCAGUACCUCCACGGAAUCUACCAGUACUUCGACCGAGUCUACCAGCACUUCCACGGAAUCCACCAGUACUUCCACAGAAUCGACCAGUACAUCGACCGAGUCUACAAGUACAUCGACCGAGUCUACAAGUACCUCGACUGAAUCCACCAGUACCUCCACGGAAUCUACCAGUACUUCUUCCGAGUCUACCAGCACUUCGACCGAGUCUACAAGUACCUCCACGGAAUCCACCAGUACCUCCACGGAAUCAACCAGUACUUCGACCGAGUCUACAAGUACCUCGACUGAAUCUACCAGUACAUCGACCGAGUCUACCAGCACUUCCACGGAAUCCACCAGUACUUCGACCGAGUCUACAAGUACCUCGACUGAAUCUACCAGUACAUCGACCGAGUCUACCAGCACUUCCACGGAAUCCACCAGUACCUCCACGGAAUCUACCAGCACUUCGACCGAGUCUACAAGUACCUCUACUGAAUCUACCAGUACAUCGACCGAGUCUACCAGCACUUCCACGGAAUCCACCAGUACCUCCACGGAAUCUACCAGCACAUCGACCGAGUCUACCAGCACUUCCACAGAAUCCACCAGUACCUCGACUGAAUCUACCAGCACUUCGACCGAGUCUACAAGUACCUCGACUGAAUCUACCAGCACUUCCACGGAAUCCACCAGUACUUCCACGGAAUCAACCAGUACUUCGACCGAGUCUACAAGUACCUCGACUGAAUCCACCAGUACCUCCACGGAAUCAACCAGUACUUCGACCGAGUCUACAAGUACCUCGACUGAAUCUACCAGUACAUCGACCGAGUCUACCAGCACUUCCACGGAAUCCACCAGUACCUCCACGGAAUCUACCAGCACUUCGACCGAGUCUACAAGUACCUCUACUGAAUCUACCAGCACUUCCACGGAAUCCACCAGUACUUCCACGGAAUCCACCAGUACCUCCACGGAAUCUACCAGUACAUCGACCGAGUCUACCAGCACUUCCACGGAAUCCACCAGUACUUCCACGGAAUCCACCAGUACCUCCACGGAAUCUACCAGUACAUCGACCAAGUCUACCAGUACAUCGACCGAGUCUACCAGCACUUCCACGGAAUCCACCAGUACUUCCACGGAAUCCACCAGUACCUCCACGGAAUCUACCAGUACAUCGACCGAGUCUACCAGUACAUCGACCGAGUCUACCAGCACUUCCACGGAAUCCACCAGUACUUCGACCGAGUCUACAAGUACCUCUACUGAAUCUACCAGUACAUCGACCGAGUCUACCAGCACUUCCACGGAAUCCACCAGUACCUCCACGGAAUCUACCAGCACUUCGACCGAGUCUACAAGUACCUCGACUGAAUCUACCAGCACUUCCACGGAAUCAACCAGUACUUCGACCGAGUCUACAAGUACCUCGACUGAAUCCACCAGUACCUCCACGGAAUCAACCAGUACUUCGACCGAGUCUACAAGUACCUCGACUGAAUCUACCAGUACAUCGACCGAGUCUACCAGCACUUCCACGGAAUCCACCAGUACCUCCACGAAAUCUACCAGCACUUCGACCGAGUCUACAAGUACCUCUACUGAAUCUACCAGUACAUCGACCGAGUCUACAAGUACCUCUACUGAAUCUACCAGCACUUCCACGGAAUCCACCAGUACUUCCACGGAAUCCACCAGUACCUCCACGGAAUCUACCAGUACAUCGACCGAGUCUACCAGCACUUCCACGGAAUCCACCAGUACUUCCACGGAAUCCACCAGUACCUCCACGGAAUCUACCAGUACAUCGACCGAGUCUACCAGUACAUCGACCGAGUCUACCAGCACUUCCACGGAAUCCACCAGUACUUCCACGGAAUCCACCAGUACCUCCACGGAAUCUACCAGUACAUCGACCGAGUCUACCAGCACUUCCACGGAAUCCACCAGUACUUCCACGGAAUCCACCAGUACCUCCACGGAAUCUACCAGUACAUCGACCGAGUCUACCAGUACAUCGACCGAGUCUACCAGCACUUCCACGGAAUCCACCAGUACUUCCACGGAAUCCACCAGUACCUCCACGGAAUCUACCAGUACAUCGACCGAGUCUACCAGCACUUCUACGGAAUCCACCAGUACUUCCACGGAAUCCACCAGUACCUCCACGGAAUCUACCAGUACAUCGACCGAGUCUACCAGCACUUCCACGGAAUCCACCAGUACUUCUACGGAAUCUACCAGUACUUCGACCGAGUCUACAAGUACCUCGACUGAAUCCUCCAGUACUUCGACCGAGUCUACCAGCACUUCCACGGAAUCCACCAGUACUUCUACGGAAUCUACCAGUUCCUCCACGGAAUCUACCAGUACAUCGACCGAGUCUACCAGCACUUCCACGGAAUCCACCAGAACUUCCACGGAAUCCACCAGUACUUCCACGGAAUCUACCAGUACAUCGACCGAGUCUACCAGCACUUCCACGGAAUCCACCAGUACUUCCACGGAAUCCACCAGUACUUCGACCGAGUCUACCAGCACUUCGACCGAGUCUACAAGUACCUCCACAGAAUCUACCAGUACAUCGACCGAGUCUACCAGUACAUCGACCGAGUCUACCAGCACUUCCACGGAAUCCACCAGUACCUCCACGGAAUCCACCAGUACUUCGACCGAGUCUACCAGCACUUCGACCGAGUCUACAAGUACCUCCACAGAAUCUACCAGUACUUCGACCGAGUCUACCAGUACAUCGACCGAGUCUACCAGCACUUCCACGGAAUCCACCAGUACCUCCACGGAAUCCACCAGUACUUCGACCGAGUCUACCAGCACUUCGACCGAGUCUACAAGUACCUCGACCGAGUCUACCAGCACUUCCACGGAAUCCACCAGUACUUCCACGGAAUCUACCAGUACUUCGACCGAGUCUACCAGUACAUCGACCGAGUCUACCAGCACUUCCACGGAAUCCACCAGUACUUCCACGGAAUCCACCAGUACUUCGACCGAGUCUACCAGCACUUCGACCGAGUCUACAAGUACCUCGACCGAGUCUACCAGUACAUCGACCGAGUCUACCAGCACUUCCACGGAAUCCACCAGUACCUCAACCGAAUCUACCAGUACAUCGACCGAGUCUACCAGCACUUCGACCGAGUCUACAAGUACCUCGACUGAAUCCACCAGUACUUCGACCGAGUCUACCAGCACUUUCACGGAAUCCACCAGUACUUCCACGGAGUCCACCAGUACCUCCACGGAAUCUACCAGUACUUCGACCGAGUCUACCAGCACUUCCACGGAAUCUACCAGUACCUCCACGGAAUCUACCAGUACUUCGACCGAGUCUACAAGUACCUCGACUGAAUCCACCAGUACUUCUACCGAGUCUACCAGCACUUCCACGGAAUCCACCAGUACUUCCACGGAAUCCACCAGUACCUCCACGGAAUCUACCAGUACUUCGACCGAGUCUACCAGCACUUCCACGGAAUCUACCAGUACCUCCACGGAAUCUACCAGUACUUCGACUGAAUCCACCAGUACUUCUACCGAGUCUACCAGCACUUCCACGGAAUCUACCAGUACAUCAACCGAGUCUACAAGUACCUCGACUGAAUCCACCAGUACUUCUACCGAGUCUACCAGCACUUCCACGGAAUCCACCAGUACUUCCACGGAAUCUACCAGUACUUCGACCGAGUCUACCAGCACUUCCACGAAAUCUACCAGUACAUCGACCGAGUCUACCAGUACAUCGACCGAGUCUACCAGCACUUCCACGGAAUCCACCAGUACCUCCACGGAAUCCACCAGUACUUCGACCGAGUCUACCAGCACUUCGACCGAGUCUACAAGUACCUCCACAGAAUCUACCAGUACUUCGACCGAGUCUACCAGUACAUCGACCGAGUCUACCAGCACUUCCACGGAAUCCACCAGUACCUCCACGGAAUCCACCAGUACUUCGACCGAGUCUACCAGCACUUCGACCGAGUCUACAAGUACCUCGACCGAGUCUACCAGCACUUCCACGGAAUCCACCAGUACUUCCACGGAAUCUACCAGUACUUCGACCGAGUCUACCAGUACAUCGACCGAGUCUACCAGCACUUCCACGGAAUCCACCAGUACUUCCACGGAAUCCACCAGUACUUCGACCGAGUCUACCAGCACUUCGACCGAGUCUACAAGUACCUCGACCGAGUCUACCAGUACAUCGACCGAGUCUACCAGCACUUCCACGGAAUCCACCAGUACUUCCACGGAAUCCACCAGUACCUCAACCGAAUCUACCAGUACAUCGACCGAGUCUACCAGCACUUCGACCGAGUCUACAAGUACCUCGACUGAAUCCACCAGUACAUCGACCGAGUCUACCAGCACUUCCACGGAAUCCACCAGUACUUCCACGGAAUCCACCAGUACUUCCACGGAAUCUACCAGUACUUCGACCGAGUCUACCAGCACUUCGACCGAGUCUACAAGUACCUCGACUGAAUCCACCAGUACAUCGACCGAGUCUACCAGCACUUCCACGGAAUCCACCAGUACUUCCACGGAAUCUACCAGUACUUCGACCGAGUCUACAAGUACCUCGACUGAAUCCACCAGUACUUCUACCGAGUCUACCAGCACUUCCACGGAAUCUACCAGUACCUCCACGGAAUCCACCAGUACCUCAACCGAGUCUACAAGUACCUCGACCGAGUCUACCAGUACUUCUACCGAGUCUACCAGCACUUCCACGGAAUCCACCAGUACAUCAACCGAGUCUACAAGUACCUCGACCGAGUCUACCAGUACUUCUACCGAGUCUACCAGCACUUCCACAGAAUCCACCAGUACCUCAACCGAGUCUACAAGUACCUCGACCGAGUCUACCAGUACCUCCACGGAAUCCACCAGUACCUCGACUGAAUCUACCAGUACUUCUACCGAGUCUACCAGCACUUCCACAGAAUCGACCAAUACCUCAACCGAGUCUACUAGCACCUCUACCGAGUCUACAAGUACCUCAACCGAGUCUACCAGUACCUCAACCGAGUCUACCAGUACCUCCACGGAAUCCACCAGUACCUCGACUGAAUCCACCAGUACAUCCACCGAGUCUACCAGCACUUCAACCGAGUCUACCAGCACUUCCACGGAAUCCACCAGUACCUCCACGGAAUCCACCAGUACUUCGACCGAGUCUACCAGCACUUCCACGGAAUCCACCAGUACCUCCACGGAAUCUACCAGUACAUCGACCGAGUCUACAAGUACCUCGACUGAAUCCACCAGUACUUCCACGGAAUCCACCAGUACUUCGACCGAGUCUACCAGUACUUCCACAGAAUCCACCAGUACCUCAACCGAGUCUACAAGUACCUCGACCGAGUCUACCAGUACCUCCACGGAAUCCACCAGUACCUCGACUGAAUCUACCAGUACUUCUACCGAGUCUACCAGCACUUCCACAGAAUCGACCAGUACCUCAACCGAAUCUACUAGCACCUCUACCGAGUCUACAAGUACCUCAACCGAGUCUACAAGUACCUCGACCGAGUCUACCAGUACCUCCACGGAAUCCACCAGUACCUCGACUGAAUCUACCAGUACUUCUACCGAGUCUACCAGCACUUCCACAGAAUCGACCAGUACCUCAACCGAGUCUACUAGCACCUCUACCGAGUCUACAAGUACCUCAACCGAGUCUACCAGUACCUCCACGGAAUCCACCAGUACCUCGACUGAAUCCACCAGUACAUCGACCGAGUCUACCAGUACAUCGACCGAAUCUACCAGCACUUCUACGGAAUCCACCAGUACCUCCACGGAAUCCACCAGUACUUCGACCGAGUCUACCAGCACUUCCACGGAAUCCACCAGUACCUCCACGGAAUCCACCAGUACAUCGACCGAGUCUACAAGUACCUCGACUGAAUCCACCAGUACAUCGACCGAGUCUACCAGUACAUCGACCGAAUCUACCAGCACUUCUACGGAAUCCACCAGUACUUCCACGGAAUCCACCAGUACUUCGACCGAGUCUACCAGCACUUCCACGGAAUCCACCAGCACUUCCACGGAAUCUACCAGUACUUCGACCGAGUCUACAAGUACCUCGACUGAAUCCACCAGUACAUCGACCGAGUCUACCAGUACAUCGACCGAAUCUACCAGCACUUCCACGGAAUCCACCAGUACCUCCACGGAAUCCACCAGUACUUCGACCGAGUCUACCAGUACUUCCACGGAAUCCACCAGUACUUCCACGGAAUCCACCAGUACCUCAACCGAGUCUACCAGCACUUCAACCGAGUCUACCAGCACUUCCACGGAAUCUACCAGUACUUCGACCGAGUCUACCAGCACUUCCACGGAGUCCACCAGUACUUCCACAGAAUCGACCAGUACCUCCACGGAAUCCACCAGUACUUCGACCGAGUCUACCAGCACUUCCACGGAAUCCACCAGUACUUCGACCGAGUCCACCAGCACUUCGACCGAGUCUACAAGUACCUCCACAGAAUCUACCAGUACAUCGACCGAGUCUACCAGUACUUCCACGGAAUCCACCAGUACAUCGACCGAGUCUACAAGUACCUCAACUGAGUCAACCAGCACUUCGACCGAGUCUACCAGCACUUCCACGGAAUCCACCAGUACAUCGACAGAGUCUACCAGCACUUCCACGGAAUCCACCAGUACCUCCACGGAAUCCACCAGUACUUCUACCGAGUCUACCAGCACUUCCACGGAAUCCACCAGUACCUCCACGGAAUCUACCAGUACCUCAACCGAGUCUACCAGUACUUCCACGGAAUCCACCAGUACAUCGACCGAGUCUACAAGUACCUCAACUGAGUCUACCAGCACUUCGACCGAGUCUACCAGCACUUCCACGGAAUCCACCAGUACAUCGACAGAGUCUACCAGCACUUCCACGGAAUCCACCAGUACCUCCACGGAAUCCACCAGUACUUCUACCGAGUCUACCAGCACUUCCACAGAAUCCACCAGUACCUCCACGGAAUCUACCAGUACCUCAACCGAGUCUACCAGUACUUCCACAGAAUCGACCAGUACUUCGACCGAGUCUACAAGUACCUCGACUGAAUCUACCAGUACCUCAACCGAGUCUACCAGUACUUCCACAGAAUCCACCAGUACAUCGACCGAGUCUACAAGUACCUCAACUGAGUCUACCAGCACUUCGACCGAGUCUACCAGCACUUCCACAGAAUCGACCAGUACUUCGACCGAGUCUACCAGCACUUCCACGGAAUCCACCAGUACAUCGACCGAGUCUACCAGUACUUCCACGGAAUCCACCAGUACAUCAACCGAGUCUACAAGUACCUCCACGGAAUCUACCAGUACAUCGACCGAGUCUACCAGUACCUCCACGGAAUCCACCAGUACAUCGACCGACACUUCCACGGAAUCCACCAGUACCUCCACGGAAUCUACCAGUACAUCGACCGAGGCUACCAGCACUUCCACGGAAUCCACCAGUACCUCCACGGAAUCCACCAGUACUUCGACCGAGUCUACCAGCACUUCCACGGAAUCCACCAGUACCUCCACGGAAUCCACCAGUACAUCGACAGAGUCUACCAGCACUUCCACGGAAUCCACCAGUACCUCCACGGAAUCCACCAGUACUUCUACCGAGUCUACCAGCACUUCCACAGAAUCCACCAGUACCUCAACCGAGUCUACCAGCACUUCAACCGAGUCUACCAGCACUUCCACGGAAUCUACCAGUACCUCGACCGAGUCUACCAGCACUUCCACAGAAUCGACCAGUACCUCCACGGAAUCCACCAGUACAUCGACAGAGUCUACCAGCACUUCCACGGAAUCCACCAGUACCUCCACGGAAUCCACCAGUACAUCGACAGAGUCUACCAGCACUUCCACGGAAUCUACCAGUACCUCGACCGAAUCUACCAGCACUUCCACAGAAUCGACCAGUACCUCGACAGAAUCCACCAGUACCUCAACCGAGUCUACUAGCACCUCAACCGAGUCUACCAGUACCUCGACGGAAUCUACCAGCACUUCCACGGAAUCUACAAGUACCUCAACCGAGUCUACCAGCACUUCCACAGAAUCUUCCAGUACUUCGACCGAGUCUACAAGUACCUCGACUGAAUCCACCAGUACUUCGACCGAGUCUACCAGCACUUCCACGGAAUCUACCAGUACAUCGACCGAGUCUACCAGCACUUCCACGGAAUCUACCAGUACAUCGACCGAGUCUACCAGCACUUCCACGGAAUCCACCAGAACCUCCACGGAAUCUACCAGUACCUCGACUGAAUCCACCAGUACUUCAACGGAAUCCACCAGUACCUCGACUGAAUCCACCAGUACUUCGACCGAGUCUACCAGUACAUCGACCGAGUCUACCAGUACUUCCACGGAAUCCACCAGUACUUCCACGGAAUCUACCAGUACCUCCACGGAAUCUACAAGUACCUCCACGGAAUCUACCAGUACCUCGACUGAAGCUGAGUCUACAACAGUCCCAAGAACGGCUUGUUGUCCAACAGGAGGCUAUUGGAGUGAAUGGACCGCUGAUGCGCCGUGCGCAACAUCUUGCGGAUCUUGUUCGCAACAAAUCUACCGUCGUGUUUGUCUUACCGAAGCAGAUUGUGGCACUUGCACUGGAUCGGACGUCAAAAUUCAGAAUUGCAAUGUUGGAGUUUGCUAUUUCCCACUUGAUUCUUGUUGUGCAGGUUACACUGCGACCGUAUCUGGCACUCUUCACAUCUGUGGUCCUCAGCCAAAUACAACCGAUCCAACGACUAAUGAUGAGACCUGUUGCCCACUGGAAGGAAUCUGGGGAGCAUGGACAGAAUGGUCUGCAUGCAGUGGAACAACUUGCGGAAAUUGUGAUGGAUCUCGUUCACGUUCAAGAGUUUGUGCUUCAGAUUCAUUCUGCUCUUGUAUUGGAGACACUACGGAAUCAGAAUUCUGCAGAACACUGGAAACAUGGUCCGAAUGGACGGGGAAAAGCUACCAAGACAGAACCAUGUAACAGAGCUCCAUGCUCGUCUACAACAGUAUGUUGCAACAGUCUUACCGUUUCCACUAUCAAUGGUAUAUCUGUCUGUGGCCCACUGGAAGACGCCGAAGUUGAAACUGAUCCAGUUCCGUGCUCAACUACCACACCAGAAUGCUGUGUUCUUGGAGGAGUUUGGUCUGAAUGGUCUUCUGGAGAUUCAUGUAACGAUACUUGUGGAAACUGUGGAGUCACAACACUUUCAAGAGUCUGUCUCUCUGCGGAUUACUCAUGCGCCUGCAGUGGAAGCACAACCAAACAAGCUGAAUGUGCACCAGCACCAUGUCCGUUCCCAAGAACCACUUGCUGUGGAGCUAGAAAGAAGGUGAUCGUUGGAAGAACAUUCCAGUGCUCAUCUGCGGAUGAUUCGGAUGCUGCACCAUCAACACUCUGUUCGACCGAUUGUUGUCCAGCUGCUGGAGGUUACUGGUCAGAAUGGACUACUGGAGGCUCGUGCCCAACUACUUGUGGUUCAUGCUCAACUGUAACACAAAAACGUGUCUGUCUUUCCCCAUCCACUUGUCCUUGCCAGGGUGUCUCCUCAAGAUCAGUGAACUGUGGAAUCACUGUGUGCUACUUCCCAGACGACUCUUGCUGCGCCGGAUACACAGCAACCGUCAGCGGAACACAACACAUCUGUGGACCACAGCCGAACUACACCACACCAUAUGCUCCAUACGAUCCAACAUGCUCCGAAAAUUGUUGCCCAGAAACAGGAAUCUGGUCUGAAUGGACUCUUUCACCAGCUCAAUGCAGAGAUUACUGUGGUUCCUGUGGAAAUCAAACCAAAACAAGAAUUUGUACAUCGGAUGCCGACGGAUGUCCUUGCCAAGGACCAACAACAAUAACUGAACAAUGCGGUACUGGUGUCUGUUACUUCCCAAGAUUGAGUUGUUGUCCUGGAUACACUGCAACUGUUGAAGGAAGCAAUCAUAUCUGCGGACCGCUGACUACUGCUGUUGCCGAUCCAGACAAGCUGAAUACAUGUGGAGUGACAUGCUGUCCAUCUGCAGGAAUUUGGGGAGAAUGGGUAAGCACUGCUGGCUGUAACGACACUUGCGGAUCUUGCGGAGUGGAGACUCGUACGAGAAAGUGUUUGUCUCUUCAAUAUGGAUGUGCUUGCACUGGUGAUGCUACUGAUACAAGUGUAUGUGCUUCAAGUGUCUGUCUUUUCCCAAGAACCUCUUGCUGUACUGGAUUCAAGAAGAUGGUUAACAUCACCGCUCGUACUUUCUAUUGUGGUCCUCUUCCAGUUGUUCCAGCAUUCAAUCCAGAACAAACAACUUGCUGCGAUCCAGAAAAGACCGGACUUUGGAAUGAUUGGGGAUCAUGGACAACAUGCAGUGCUACCUGUGGACUUUGCGGAACUCAGAGUAGAAACCGAACAUGUGCAUCUGCACCUUAUGGAUGUCCAUGCACCGGGGACUCUCUGGAGACUAAAGCUUGCGGAAACCAAGUUUGCACAACUGGUUCGCAAUGUUGCGCUGGAAAGUUUGUUGCCACCGGAUACGAUGGUGCACAGUAUUGUCAAGACAAAACGCCGGAAGUGUGCACAGGAACAUGGACUGAAUGGACUACGGUGACUGGUGCAGUUUGCAACGACACCUGCGGAAACUGUGGAAGUAUUCCAACACAACGCUAUUGUUUCCCAUCUGGUUGUCAGUGCAGCGGAGAAUUCACCGGAACGAAUGCAUGUGCCAACUCCGUUUGCCUCUUCCCAAGAACAUCUUGCUGUCUUCCGUACAAGAAAAAGAUUGUAGGCAAGGCAUUUGCUUGUGCUUAA